AUGACCGAUUUCUUUCUCACUUUCCGCACUUUUAUUUCCGCUACUCAAUUAUGCAAGCUUCUCAUUCUACGUUUCCGAUGGGCCUUGGAAAAUGACCAUGACGAUAGACGCGUUGUUCGUGUUAGAACUUUUGUCGUUAUGCGUCAUUGGCUUCUCAAUUACUUUGAACACGACUUUCAACAUUGCCGUGAGCUGCGUCAAGUGUUGACAUCCUUCCUCAACUCGCUUGCUCAUCACCCGUUGGUGCGUCGAUCAGCUCGCGAUCAGCGUAUUGUCAAAGGGCUCAAACGCGUGGUACGGCGACUCAAGUACGUCCACUAUGAGCAACAUGGGUGCGUCGAUCAGGAGGAGAGUGGUUUCAGGACUACUACCACUGCCAAUGGUGAUACGAACAUCAUGGAUCGAUCCAGUGUGCUUGGUGGUGGUGGUGGCAACGAUGAUGAUGAUGGAUCCUUGGAGAGUGAUGUAACCCCUGGCAACUCUGAAGCUGGUGAUGAUCUCGAUACACGAUUGAUGACAAUGGCAAGUGGCGACAACGAAGUUGGUAUUGUGGAUCCAACAUGGAAUGAAGAGCAAGCAAUGGCGAGGUUGCAAUAUGAACGUCGACGACGAGAAGAGGAAGAAGAACGUAGCCGUGUCGAGUUCUUUUCUUCCAGGACAACGCCCACGAGUGAUGGUGUAUCGGUUCCCAGUUUACAUUCGGAUGUUGUAUCAAGCUGUGCCUCUACGUCUGAACCAACGACUCCCAUGGAAUCGAUUGAUGGUCGUAUCAAUACCCAACAUUUAUCGAACGCUGUGAAGAGACCUGCAUUGCCUUGUGAUUUCAUCCCAUCACCCUCAUCUCCAAAGAUGCCUGCUGUUGGUGCCCCUGGUUCUCGACGUCUACCAGCAACCAUCAUUCAUGAUGUAUCAGUUGAGCCCCAAGACCUCAUUGAGAAAACUGUACGUCGUAUCCCAUCCAAUCGUUGGUGCAAAGCAUCGCCUGAUGAAGAGGCUCCAGUAUUCAACAAGCAACAAUUCGAUCUGGAAAAUCGCCAAACAACACCACAGCAACCACGUAAGCAUAGCAACAGCGUCUCGUCAUCAUCAACACCCAAUGAGAUUACCGAAGGCUUAGCAAGACGAUUAUCGAAGAAGAGCAUCGAGCGACGUAAGAGUGAAAAGAAUCUUCGAGAGACACAAUCUUCGGCUAGCAGUGCUGCUUCCUCUGUUGUGAGCACACCUCAUAUGAGCAGCAGCGCAUCAGCACCAGCAGAUGCAAGCGAUAUCCCUGAGAUGCCACCUUUGCCAGCUGCAGCACUCAACGCUAAGCUUCUCGUCACCAAAACAGCAUUAGCAUCCUUUGAGGCUUUACCUUAUGAUAUGACAGCUACUCCAUCAUCUACAUCACCCACAGCUGCUGAUGCUAAGCACAACAAACGAAGAUUGCCAAAGAAAUUCUCAAAGAUCUUCAACAACAACAAGCCAACAUCCACCACCACCACCGAUAAGCCAUUGCCACAAGUACCUCCCACCAAAUCCACAUCGACAUCAGCUACAAACAGCAGCACAUGCGAGUCUACAAAGAUAUCUUUAUCCUCUUCAUCCAGCAGCAGUGAUACUCCCACAGCUCAUGCAGCUACAACAACCGGCACAUCAUCCAAAAGUGGUGGUAGUGGUCCUCCAUUGCUCAGCCAACUUGCAGCUGAAUUGCGUGAUGAGGAUGAUCACGAUGAUACGGAGACAAUGAGACGCUCUUCAUUGGAUGGACAAUCACGCUAUGCUCGACGUCGUGGACCUAUCUACUUGAGUCAUCUUCAACCCACUGGAUUCGAAUCUGAGACGGCCGUAUACAUCGAGGAAGCUGAAGAGAGUGAUAAUGAUGAUGGCCAAAGUAUACGUACUUUCACGACCAACACUGGAGCAGCAGCAGUCAACUUGAAUCGUGGAUUGUCUUUGUUAUCCAAUGCACCCAAUCAUAUCCGCACCUUGUCACUCAUUGUGGAGCCUGCUGAUGACCGACAUGGAUCUUCAUCGGAUGAAGCUGAUGUACAACAAAGACCACCCGUACCUCCUCUUGAUGCUACCACAACAACAAUGGCACCACCAGCAACAAUGACGACGACCAUGAUCAGCAAUGCUACCCCAGCAACCAUCACCACCUUGCCAUCCUCUUCCAAUAAGCACAGCUUUAUUCUAUCCUAUCAUUCGACCAAGAUCGUGGAGCAAUUCUGUUUGAUUGAGCGUCAAGUAUUAUUUAGUGUACAAUGGGAAGAGCUUGUGGAUUGUCAAUGGCGAGAUGGCAUUGCCCCUUCAGGAGGUGUUCAACGACUUAUCCAGCGAUUCAAUGAUGUAUGUCAAUGGGUGUCUUCUGAGAUUGUCAGGACCGAUACUGUGGAUGGUCGAGCGGAAAUCAUUCGCAAGUUUAUUCGCUUAGCGCAGAAAUGCAAGAUCUAUGCCAACUUUGCUACAUUGCUACAAAUCUUACUUGGUUUACAAUCACCAGCAGUGACCCGGUUGAGUGCAACAUGGGCUCGUGUCAGUGCAAGUGACAUGCGACUUCUCGACCAGUUGAUCGAAUUCACCUCGCCUAUCAAGAAUUGGAAGAAUAUGCGUAGUAGCAUGGCACUCGUGGCAGAGGAGUAUGGUAGUAACCAGCCAACCACGACACACAAUGACAACAACAACAACACCAUGGGUGGAUGUAUUCCGUUCCUUGGCAUCUAUCUCUCGGACCUCAUUUUCAACGCCGAGCUACCACCUUACAUUGAGCCAUCACGUCGCAAAAACUCGUGUGAUUCAUUGGUCCUUCAACAACCUCUUGUCAAUUUCCACAAGCAUCGCAUCACCGCCACUGUCAUCAAGCGUGUACUCACCUUUCAAAAUCUCGCACGGCGUUACCCUUUUACCCCGGAUCCAGAAUUAUAUCGUCUCUGCUUGGAUAUUCCCUCCAUUGAUCUUGAUACCAUUCGCAAAAUGAGCUUCGAUAUUGAACCUUAG